UUCAGUUUGAAUUGUGUCCUCGUUAAGAAAGGAUAUUCGUUACAUUGUUGUUAAGUUGUUAUUAUAAUUUCUCAAACCAACAAACCAACCGACAAACCAAAAGCCAACAACUGCUCGAUAAAGAGAAUUCAAAAAAUAAAAAGCCCCCAAAAACAAGAAUCAACGGAAUUUCCGGCAUUUUGUGCAUGAGAGAUUCUGAUUUUGAAUUCGAAAAACCAAAUGAACUUUUUCAACACAAAUUUCAUUGGUCUGUGAUAAGUGAAGGUCAAGCAAAAAGAGCGAAUUUUUAAUGCAAAAUUAAAAAGCAACCACAAACAACACGAAGCGGAACAAACAAAACAGCAAACGGAAAGGAAAACCGCAGAAAGGCAGCAAUUCAAAUUAGUAAAAUUGUAGAAAUUAUUUAAUGCCUCAAAUGAUUUGCGCAUAAAACUCGACAGCAUCGGCAGCAGCAGCAGCAGCAGCAACAACAACAGUGCGGUUUCACACAAAAAGGCAGCUAUAAAAAUUAUUUAGCCAAAUUAUAACACAAUUUAUUUGCAUCAUCAACUGCAAGGCGGCAGGCAGGCACUUCAUUAAACAUCAAAGCAGGCUGUGUUUAACCGCAGAACGUGCGAAUUCCACACCGCAAUACCAGCAGUUACAGCAACAGCAGCAACAAAAGCAACACCCACGGAAAGUGCAGCUGAAACAGGAAACGGAAACGAAAACGGUAGUACCAUGUUGGCCAUGCCCACUCUGAUGAUGCCAGCCACUGCACAGAUGACGCUCAGCAGUCAGCCCCUGUCGGUGGGCGCCAAGCCGUACGAGACCAAGCUAUUGGCCAUCCACCAGACGCACUUGCAACAGCAGCAGCAGCAACAGGCGCCCUCCCAGCAGCAGCAGCAGCACCAGCAGAACGGCAAGCAGCAGGCCCAGCAGAUGACCAUCGUCACCACUCAGCAGCAACAACAGCAGCAGCAACAGCAGCAGCAGCAGCAGCAUCCCCAGUCGCAGUCGCCACACCUGCAGCAGCAGCACUCGCAGCAGCAGCACUCGCAACAGCAGGCUGUGGCCGCAGCAGCCGCCGCUGCCGCCGCCCACCAUCAGCAGCAGCAGGCGGUGGCCGCCGCCGUCUGUGCCGCCCAGCAGCAGGCGGUGGUCGUCCAGCAGCAGCAGUACCAGAUCCACUCGCAGCAGCAGUCGCCCCAGCAGCAGGUGCUCAGCAUCUCGCCCAAGCAGGAACAAUUCCACAUCUUUGUCGGUGACUUGAGCUCAGAAAUUGAAACUCAGCAAUUGCGCGAGGCAUUCACACCAUUCGGCGAAAUCUCCGACUGUCGUGUGGUGCGCGAUCCACAAACCUUGAAGUCGAAGGGCUACGGCUUCGUGUCCUUCAUCAAGAAAUCGGAAGCUGAAAGCGCCAUUACGGCCAUGAAUGGCCAGUGGCUUGGCUCCCGUUCAAUUCGCACGAAUUGGGCCACACGGAAACCGCCGGCGAGUAAAGAGAACAUCAAGCCGUUGACCUUCGACGAGGUCUACAAUCAGAGCAGUCCCUCCAAUUGCACCGUUUAUGUGGGUGGCGUUAACAGCGCCCUCACCGCCCUCAGCGAGGAGGUGCUCCAAAAGACAUUCGCGCCCUAUGGAGCGAUACAAGAGAUUCGGGUCUUCAAGGACAAGGGCUAUGCCUUCGUGCGCUUCUCCACCAAGGAGGCCGCCACCCAUGCCAUCGUCGGGGUACACAACACAGAACUCAACGCACAGCCCGUCAAGUGCUCGUGGGGCAAGGAGAGCGGCGAUCCGAACAAUGCCCAGACCAUCGCCACCCAGGCACUCAAUAGCGCCGCCGCUGCCGCCGCCGGGUUCCCAUACGGCUUAGGGGCCACUGCUGCCGCCGCUUACGGCCAGCAGCUGGCGGCCACCGGCUGCUGGUACUCACCCACACCCACAUACCAGGCCUCCUCGGCCACGGCCACAGCUGUGACCCCGGCGGCGGCCAGUGCCGCUGCUGUGCAGAACCAAUUCCUGCAGGGCAUCCAGGGCUACCACUUUGGCCAGUACGGCGGCUAUCAGCAGGGAUAUAUGGGCAUGGGAGUGCAGAUACCGGCCACCUGGCAAGGCGUCACCCAGGCCCAGAUCUCUCCUGCACAGCAAAUGGCAACGGGCGUGGCCGGGACUGCCAUACCGCAGGCCGCCGGUGUGGUCGCCUACCCGAUACAGCAGUUCCAAGUGAGCCCACAGGUUUAUCCUUUACUCUUGCAGGCACAGUAAGCGCAAAACCAAAACACGAAUAAGCCAGUUAAAAGCCAAAAAAUACCAUACCAAAUUUUUCUAGUACAGCUGCUAUUCUGAAACAGAAACAAAACCAAAACCAAACUGAGCUGUAAAUAAAAUGCGAAGCGCAGAACCCAAAAAUUGCAAAACCCAUUGAUGGCGAUUUUAGACAGCUGCACCCCGCCCCAGAAAAAUCUAUGCUAAAGCUAAAUGCAACACACACAAACACACACCCAAACAUACAUACAUAAUAAUUAUACAUAUACCUAUAAAUAUAUAUAUAUAUACAUCAAAAAUAGAGCAUAAAAAUAUCUGUAAAACGGGCAGCCAAGGCAAACAAUUAUUAUGUAUAUGCAAAAAGCAAAGAAAAUCGAAAAUAUUUUUAACCCUAGUUGCUUCCACUCGAAACACAUACAUACACAGACAGAGCCCACACACUCAGAUACACCCCAUGACAUUAUGCAAACAUAAUUUAAUGCUUUAUGUAAAUGUGUUGGAGCAUGCCGCGUAUAAAAAACAACAAUAAUUAAUUGAGGGACAAAGCAAGAAGAAUUACAUGCAAAAAUGUCGUACAUACUCGUAAAUAAAAUGGAUCGGUUUGACGGAAAGCAUAAACUGAGCGUGUGGUGGUUGUAUUCUGUGCCUAAAUCACACAUACACACACACUCAAUGCGUCUGGCGCACACUAAAACAAACAAUAUCCACACACAUACAAAUCAGGCAGGGCAGCGCGACAUUAAAUUAAAAUAAACAUAAUUAAAAAUGCGUUAAAAUUAAUUACGCGCACACACACACACACACUGCCGCAUGUAAAUAUUUAUUUGUGUGUGGCUGUGUGUGUUUGUGUGUAAGUGGGCAAACAAAAAUCCUGCCAGCCUUCAUCCCACCUCAGUUUCUUAUACCCCUUUCGAAACCGUGGCAAAACCCAGACCAGACCAUAUUGUACGAGUAUUUUGCCUACUUUUGAACCCAGUUUGGUUUUAGCCUAGCAGCAGCAUACAGACACACACAAAACGAAAGACACACAUAGCACUAGUGCCUAUAACUAUGAUAGAUGAGGUGAAUAUUUUACUAAACGCAGCACUGCAGCAGCCCACACACACACACACACGCUUAGAGACUACUGCCAAUACUCGUAUAUGUACUUGUUCGUACUAGUAUGCCAAUCGCAAUCGAAUUGGCCAAUCCUUGUCAUGUCCGGCUACCAUUUUCCUAUAGAACUAUCGCACUUUGAUUUGUGAUUGAUCAGCAAUUGAAAGACAGGUUCCUAUAAGGUCUACACACGCACACAGACACAAAAGACGCACACACACAAGCACUCGCAGCUGAAAGUAUCUGACUAACUAUGAAAUAUGAAGAAGGCAUUAGAGAGGAAUAGGAAAACGAAAUCCAAACGCAAUCCAAACGCAACCACCCAAUCCAGGACAGUCCAGCCACAAAAAUCCAGAAACAAACUUGUAUCUCUCUCUCUCUCUCUAUAUAAUUUUGUUGUUGUUUACCCUUCAUAAGGCUUCAGCAGCUACAGCAGCUAAGCGUUUAAUUUGUUUGAAAUUUGAAUUUAAUUUGAUAAUGAUUUAAGUUUUGCCUUUUUUUCAACAAGCUUCAUGAGAGAUUUGUAUGUAAAACAAAGCAGCCGCCCCACAUAAGCAGACACAAAAAUGUUUCAACCUCACCCAAAACAUUUAAACCCCCCGCCCCCCGUACACACUCUUAUUGCCAAUGUAUACUCGUAUCUUGUUCAUGUGUAUGGUUUUAUUUCAGUUGCCAGAAGAGGAAUGGCUAGCUGCAAAUAUGUUGUGUUAGUUCUUUGUUGUUUAGGCCAAAACGAAAACGAAAUCGAAAACCAAAACGAAACCCAACCCAAACCAAUACCAAACCGAACCGAACCGAACCGAUAACUAAACAAAAUACGCAUAUAGCUACAGAUAUAUAUAUAUACUAUACGUAUAUAUAUAGUAUAGUAAUAUAGAGAGAGAAGAACUCCCCCAUACACAAGUAAAAUAUAUUGAAAACAAUCAAAGUAUGCCAUCGAAUGAUAUUAAUUGAUAUUAGCUAAUCGAGCAUAGCCGUAAUAAAAUAGAUAUUAUCACAUAAUCAUGUAAGCGAACCAAAAAUAAAACACUUCAAUUCAGAAGCAGAAGCAAAGCAAAAGCAGCAGGAGCAGCAGUCACAGAAAUGAAACAUUAAUAAACUAAUUAUCCAGAAAAGACAGGGACAAAGAGGUCCCUCACAGACAAGAAAACGAUACCGAUGAUACCGAUACCGAUACCUAAGCAAGCAUUAAUCAACUUAUAAAUAAAACAUACACACACGAAAAUUGCUAGAGAAGAAAACAUGAGAGACAGCUACACUAGAAGGAUACUCGCACAAGACAGGGCAGUGUAGACACGGUAGACACGGUAGCAGUCCUUCCCGUUCAAGGAAGCCUACAGAUAAGGUACAUAUUGAGUAAAUGGCAGUACAUGAAUGUGAAACAUAAUAAAGCCGUUAAAAAAGAGAAACUAAAAGUGUAGCAUAUAUAAAUAGAUAUAGAGAUGGUUGAUAUAUAUAGAGUAUACAGCAUAUGCAUUAAACAAACAUGCUUAUAUAACAUACUAUACAAAAGCGGUAUUGAUAGAGAACACUCUCACUCAUAUACUUACACCCACUCACACUCCCACUACCACUCAUAGGAUGCAUAGGAAUACGAGUACUUGUACACGGUAUUUACAUACAGAGAAGAAAAACUAUGGUCAUAUGGUAAAUUAUAUUUAUGGCAUAUUGUGUUGUAUGUGCUGGAUGAUAAAUCACAUAUAGAUGUUCAAAAUGAAAACCAAUUAAAAUGAUGACAACAACAAAUAAAAAUAAAAAAUCAUAAGUAAUAGAAAUAGGAAUACAGAUACGGAUACACAUGCAUAUGCAACGGUUAAAUUAAGCUUCAGAUAUUUUCCAGGGACAGAGGUCGGGCACAAUUUGCAUUUGACACGCCCCAAAUUCCAAAUUGUGACUGUUUGGGCGGUUUUUUAGUGGAAUUUUUGGCAGCAGAAGAGGCUGAAUAGAAAGGAAUAGAAAGAGCAUUUAGUUACUUGGGUGUGGCCCGAGCACGAGUGCGAUAUAUGUAUGUAUGUAUGUCUAUUGAUAAUCGAACACACAAACACAUACUCGUAGCCUAGUAUGGAUAUAUUUUUGUGUUAGCUAGAUGGUAGGAUGAUAGGAUGCUCACUCAUUAUGAUUAGCCAUGGUCGCCGAGUUUUAGCCGCGGAUCGGAGGCAGGAGGCCGGAGGCAGGCGGCAGGAGAUCCACACACAUGUAACUGUAGACACUAGGGGCAGUUGUACUGUACUAUAUUUAAAUGUUUUUAGCACUAGAAAUUAGAGAAACUACGAGAAGCAUUGCAUGUUUAACCAGGACGGCAAACGACUUAGAUGUAGAUGUGAUUUUAAAGCGGGGUGGGAUUGGAUUGGAGUUGAAUCGACUGGUAUCGGAGCGAUAGAGGAGCGAUAGAGGCACGAAGAGAAAUGCAUUUUUCUGUUGUCAUUUCAUUUUCUAGACAUUUUUUGUUAUGUGACAAAACGCGGGAAAGCAAAAUUCAUAAUGUUGUUGACCAAACAAAAAAAAUAUAAAUUAAAACCGAAGAAAAAUAAAAAAACAAAAAAUAAAUUCAAAGAGAAACCAAAACUGUUUCGGAGAAAACUAAAAUUUGGCUAUAAGAAAACGGAGACGAAUGAAGAAAACAGAAGUGAAGAACAUUUAUAAGAGCAAAAGUUUAUAGUUAAGGAAAAACAAGAAAAAAAGAAAAAAGAAAAACAAAAAACAAAAAAAUAUUAUCGGUUUGUUUGUUAAUGUUUGCGCUACAUAUCAGUAAAGAGUUAAAAAAUGGGUAGUUGGCACAUAGAAGAACUAGAGAAGAGUUGGAAACUAAAUAGGAAUUACCAGUAGCUGUGGAAAGCGAGAGAUGAUCCAACAGGCGGACGACGACGAACUAAAUAAUAUACAAAUAACAAAUAUAUAUAUAUGAAUAAAUGCUGUAACUGUAUGUAUUUAUGUUGUGUAUCUACGAAAUGUGCUAAGACAUUUAUAUACGUCUAUAUAUAUAGUAUAUAUACAUACGCAUACAUAUAUAUUGUGUAUGAACAUAUACAAAGUAUUUAUACACAAGUGAAGACCCACAGAAGCAACCCAGAAUCCAGUCCAGCGGGACCUGGGCCCCAGAAAAGUAGUCAGUAGACAGACCCCAGUAGACACCAAGACACCAAGAUACCAAAAUACCCAAAUACCCAGAUACCAAGAGAGAAGAACAAUAUUAUGAACUACAUAUAGCAGCACAUGGUCAGAUGAUUGCAACUCCCCAUACAUCUCAGGUUCUGUUCCGAUCAUACCAAUCGUUAAUUUGAUUCUAUUCAUGUGUUCGUUUGGUUUGAGCUCAAAGCAAAGGAUUCCACACACUGAAAUGAUUGUAGUUAUUAGCCAUUAACUACAAUUACAAAUUAGUCAAUUCGAAGUGUAAUUACUGAAAUGCUGAAGCUGAAGGAAAUGCAGGAGCAGUUAGCAGUUAGCAAAAUUUUGUCACACGCAGCGCGAACGACAGGACGAGUCGCUUUCGGGGCACAUAGCAUAAAUUAAAACUAAAUGAAAUGAAAUUAAAUGAAAUGAAACGUAAUGAAAUGAGAUCAACUUGCAACCAGGCAGAACCGAAAUCAAUCAAAUAAAAGUAUUAUCUAAGCUACAAAACAAUUAAACCAAAUACAUAGAUAUAUAUAGUACUAUAUACGAGUGCAUACUAUACCAUAUACAUACAUAUAUGUACAAUAUGCAUAUGUGUUGUAUGUUCAAACAGAUCCCUUCGAGGCAAAUGGCAAAUGAAUACUAAUUAUCCGAAUUCUGAAUGUGUUUCCGUACGUUUAAUUACACAAUAAUCUAGAUACAAACCAAGCAGAACAGACCAGAGCAGAACAGAACAGGAUUUAAUUUGAAGGCAGCCACAAACCCAAAUCAAAUCGAAUCAAAUCUGAGAAGCAUAUUUAGGUACAUAAAUACCUACCAAUUAGUGUGGAAGGGAUACGAUUUCAGCAGAAUACUCGCAUUAGCGUAACACUAGACUCUAAACUGUAAAAUGUACUAGCCACGAGAGCCGGUGGAACCAAAUCAAAGAGCCAGGAGGCAGUGCAAUAACCAUAACAUAUUUUUAUGCAGUAAACCAAAAACAAAAACGUUCGAAGUGCAUGUUGUGCAAUUAAAAUUACACUAAGAUUCCAAACAAAUCAAAUACAAAUGUAGAAAAAAAUCAAAACGAUGAGCAAACAACCAAAAGCUGCUAACAAAACCAACAUUCAAGGGAAACCGAAAAAAGCGAAAGCGAACGACAGAGUUUUGGAGAGCAUUCACACACAGACCAGAAAACAGAAUAUACACACACACAUAACCACAUCACACACACACAUACAUACAAAUACACACCAAUGCAUAUAUAGAUAUCGAUAUAUAUAUAUAUACAGACGUAAAAUAUGAUAAGUAAAUAGCAAAUAACUAAAGUAAACAAAGUAUAGAUAUCGACUGCAGUAUUGCAAAUAUUUUGUAGAAAUUUAAGCAUGUUUGAGUGUGUUUUAGGACAAGGACUAGAAAACACAAAGGGCAAAAGGCAAACAGAAUGGGAAAAAUCGAAAAUAUUGUAGCGGAAUACAAACAGCAAAAACAACAAAAAUAACAAAAAACAGCAAGAACAAAGCCGAAAUACCAUUGGAAACCUAAUGCAUAAGCUAAGUAUUAAAUAUACACGAAAACGGAAUCUAUAUAUAUAUACAUAAAUC